AUGAAGAGAGACGAUUCUGAUAAACUGAACUGUGUUCUGGACUAUCACCGUUACCUUGAAGACCAGGAGACGUUGGCAGGUUGGGUUGAAGCGAAAGAUGCUGCAGUAUUGGCUUUGCUAGAUGAUAGUCCAUCCGAGGUCGAUGAAAGUCUUUUGUCUGUUGAUAUUUGGGAGCAAGAAGUUGUCGCGAGGAAAGAUAAAUUCGAUCAAACUGCAGAAGAAAUUUCAGUGUACCUUGAUGCUUCAAAACUGCCCAUUAUAAGUAAACUUGAAAACGUGGUGUCAGAUAUAGACAAUCUUAAUGUACCCUCAGAAAUGGAAGAAGAGUUCACCAACUUGCUGUCAAAAUACGUCCAACUGGAAAGAAAACAUAAAGCAAAAAGUGACAGUAUAUCAUCGUGGGAAAAUGCCUUGACGGUCAAGAAAAAGUUAGAAGGAGUGGAAGAUUGGAUGAAGGACCAUGAGCAUAGCAUGCUUUGUGGCUAUGUGGGGUCAGACUCCAACGAAGCUGAACGGCUCUUGAAUAGACACAACACUUUGGAGGAAGAUCUUGAAGUUCAAAAAGAAGAUAUUGCGAAGUCCAUGCAAAUAUUUGAAGGAAUUCCUGAUAAGAUGAAAGUAAAAGCUCUCCCGAAUUUUCAGGAGUUUCAAAGCAGAUGGAAAGACUUUCUAGAUUUAAUGGCCUCAAGGAAAGAUGACAUCAAUGACAGUGUAACUGUUCAUGGACUUAUUACCGAAGGGAGAGAGUUGAAAAGGACUGGAAUUGAAAAACUUCAAUUCUUGCUGUCUGUCGGAAAGGAGCAAACCCUGGAUGCUGUCCAAAAGACAAAAAAGAAAAUCGACGUGAUUAAUGAUUUUAACAAGAACCUUCACGAAUUUCUAGGGACAGCAGAUCAGCAGAUCAAGGAUAUCAACGGUCAAAUUAUAAUUUGUGACCAAGACAUGGCUUUACAAUUCGUUCUCACGUUACCAUACAAAACUCAAAAAUUAGGGCAACAAACUAUCGAAAUUCCUCGAGGAACAAAGUUAGUCCUCCUUAAUGCGAGUCUGGACCCAAGAUGGUUAUUAAAUUACACUCAACCUGGUUAUGAUGAAGCUGAAGAGUUCUCUCCUGACAACAUAGUAAGAACCGCUGAGGUGGAGGAGUACAGAGCCAAAUUCAUAUUAGAAAGAAUGUUGACUGAAUUGGGAGACCUUUACGUGAAAUUGAAGGAGAUCUUAAGGAAGACAGAAGAUCUUCUCGGAAAACUUUAUAAUAGUUUGCUUCUGGGAAAGAGCACUGAGGAUGAGUUGGAAUGGAUUUGUAACGUUGAGAAGUGGGUUAAAAGUGAACGCCCAGUGUUGCAAACAAAGUCAGACUUUGAUUUGAAGGUGGUCAUUGGACUUUGUGAUGAUUUUAUCACCGACGGAGAAAAACGUGAGAGUCUUCUUGGGAAUAUCGAAAAUGAGAUCAUAACUUCCCAAUCAAAUCCUAGGCAUGAUCCAGAGUUUAAAAAGGUAAAGAAUAUUCUAGACCACCUUCGCGGCAGGUACCACCACUUGGCUACCCUGUUGUACCAGCUCAAGAUGACAGCACAGGAUCUGCUUAAGUUCUUUGAUGUCGGUGAGAGGUUACAUGACAUCAGGAAAAGUAUCAGGGCUAUCAUAACGAUGAUAAGUCAAUUGAGGCUAUCUGCAAAGGGGAUUUCUCGAUAUAUUAUUGGUCUGUUGAACUGGAUUAACGGUGAACAUUCUGACCACCUCCGCUCCAUCUAUGAAAUCUACGCAAAUGAUAUACCUAAAGCAUUAAAUACUGAAAUUAACGACAGUAAAAAGGACUUGGACAAGCUAAACGAUGCCAUUGAUAACUUCAACGACAGAUGCGAUGGCCUCCAAACAGUAGAUGAAUACAUAAAACGAGCAAAUAAGCUAAACCAGAAAAUAGCUGAUCUGAAUGAGGACCUGAAUGGAAUUAUUGAACCUCUAAAACUCGAAGUUGAAGAUCUUCCCCCAGGUUGGGAUCCCGAGGAGGCAGAGCUCAUGAUUGAAGUGGCCGAAGAAGAAGUUGCAGAAGUUCGCAGCGAUAAACAAGCUCAUUUAGAUCCUCACAUGACGCAAUUUGUUUUCGAUGGUAUCGAUCUAAUCGGCAGUGACCAUCUGGAAAAAUCAAAAGUAAAAUGGGCCUGUGAAGAUGUCCAAGACAAUUUUGAAAACUUAGAGAAAAGGAUGAAAGGAAUUAAACUUUCCAUUGAUAGAUCAAAAGAAGGCACAUCCCGUGAGCCAGAUGAGGUGAAUGUGUAUGUGAAGUAUUUAUCAGACGUGCUCUACAACCCUCUUCUGCAACGGAAUGCAGAUCACACAGACGAGGAUCUAAAGAGAGGCAGCCUAAUCUUGGAGAAAGGGGAAUCUGCAAUUGAGAAGCUGCGGGAGGCUGCAAGGAGGGCUGACAACGAGGGGAAGCCCGUGGAUAUGUUCAGAGAUAGAAUAAAUCAGUUGAUUGAUGAUUAUGGGAGGGUGCAGGCAGAAAUGAAUAAAAAGUUACAAAACAAUGAGUUUAAGAUCGCUGCCAACAAUUUCAAGGAAUGGUGUGACCAGACGCAUAAAGAAAUCUCUGAUUCGGUCGACAAGAAGCACAUGGAAAGUCUUACCCAUUCCAAGAAAGUCGCUGAUCUGAACAUAGAAACGAGAAUGCCAGAAUACAAAGCGAUUUUGGCAACUGGGAAGUUCUUGUCCUUUAACUCAGACAGCGAAGACCCAGAAUUCAUUCAUAUAAUUGUUCGAUUACUGGAAGAGCUCAAGGAGGCGUGGGAACGACUGGAAGACCUAAGAGAUUUUCUGACGAACCUCUGGGAAGGUAAAAAGUUACACAGAUUUAUCAAAUCAGAGGUAUUUGAUAUUGAGCUGUGGAUAAAGCAAACAAAAGGUAGGAUUAACUCUGACAAAUGGGAGCUAGAUGUCAACCAGAUAAAAUCUAAUAAAAUGGAUCAAGCAGAUUUUCUGCUCCAGAUGGACGCAAAUGAUAAAAAGAUCGGUUACAUCCAGGAGGGUUUAGAAAAGUUGACUUUUUUAAACUUUGGGAUAACAGAAAAGUUCAAAGCUAGGUUGAACCAGCUGGGCACAAACCUUGCUGAACUGCAGGAGCUGCUAGAUGAUCGUCAGGACAUUCUUAAUACAUGGGGAGAGGUCAUUAAUCUCAUUCCAAUACUUGCAUAUGAGAAAUCAUGGAUUGAGGAACAGUUGAUUCGGAUGGAUAUAGACUGGUUACCAAAGUCAUACACAGACACUGCUUUCAAAGUUAAGAAGUUAGGGAAGCUUAAAAGUGAUCUUAAGAACAGGGGAAUGAACGGUGUUCCUAAGAACAUCCCUCUGACACUUGAAAAAAUUAAAUUAGAAAUUGAAGAAAUUGAGGAUUUGUGGGGGGAGCUUAUGGAGAAAAUCAACAAAGCAAACAUACUGGUCACGAAAUAUGCAGAGUUCUUCAAGUGGAAGACUUCUUGUGUAGUUUUUGUAGAUCAGGUCAGCCAGCUUUUGUCGGAAGUGGAUCCAAACAUUGAAGAAAACUCUGUUCCUUCUCUAACCUCAAAACAAAAGCAGAUGAACUUAUUAGUGGUAGCAGCAAAAGAGUUUGGAGCUCAAUAUGAUAAGAUAAUGGAAGAUAAAGAAAAACUCACUGAAAAUGAAGAAUCAGUCGAGGAGGAAAUCCAGUCCAACUCUGUCAAGGUCACGGACGUCUACGAAACUUUAAGGUCGGAAAUCGGAGAAAACAAGGGUCUUGUUGACAGUUUACUAGAACGAGCAAGAGUAGUUAGGCGGAUCGAAGAAAAUAUCUUGUAUGAUUCCACAAUCCUGAAGAAAAUUCUAGUCAUUGAUCGGUGCCGUGAUUUGAGUAUGGCUUCACUAAGACUCAAACAAAUACGCCCUCUCGACGAAAAGAUAAAAGCCUCUUCUGUAACCAUAAAUAAGUUAUUUCAUGAUGUAGAAGCAAUCCAGGCCAGAGACCCGGCAGUUCUUGAAGAAGUCAUCCCACUGAGCCAUUCCCUCCAGAGAGCCUUGGACUACCACAACCAGCUACGGAACCAAGGACAGCUGACCCUUAACCAGAUAAACACGAAUAUGGACGUCUAUGAGAACCAGUUGGAUGUAAUGUUCUUGCAGUACAGUAAUCUAGCUGGUCAGCUGACCAGAUGGAUUGAGGAUGUGGAAGAGUACUGCACUGACGGAGUCUUUUCCAACAGUCUGAAGGAGGCGAAGGAGUUGAAAACUCCUUUGAAGGACAUACAUGAGGAGUUGAGUGACAAAAGCGGAGUCUACAAGGAACUGAGGGAGAUGGACAAAAACAUUAGGUGUCACGGACUGUACCAAAACCCUUACACCUGGAUUACCUUCCCUGAGAUCGACAUGCUGUGGAAAAACAUUCAAAACCGGAUCCGGGAACACGGAUACGCACUCUCGAACGACCUCCACCGACAAGAAACACUUGACAGAAACGAAAGAACCUACGCUGAUUACACAAACCAAAUCCACGAUCAAAUAUCUCACCUCCGAGACGACUGCAUGAACCUUAUUGAGGGGUACCCCGAAGAGAAGCUAGGGUUCCUGAAGAAAAGGCAAACAGAACUGAGAAAACAAGAGGUUCUAGAGGGUCUAGAGGGUCUAGAGGGUCUAGAGGGUCUAGAGGGUCUAGAGGGUCUAGAGGGUCUAGAGGGUCUAGAGGGUCUAGAGGGUCUAGAGGGUCUAGAGGGUCUAGAGGGUCUAGAGGGUCUAGAGGGUCUAGAGGGUCUAGAGGGUCUAGAGGGUCUAGAGGGUCUAGAGUGUUUUAUGUUAUCACUCAGACAGAGCCUAUUCCAACCAAGGUUCAGAUUUGGACGCGAUGCAGAAGAACAACUACACAGAACACAGUAUUCACAGCCUGGAACAGGAUCUGAUGUCUGUGGAACAUUUGGUCAGAACACUGAAACAGCGGGUCCAGCAGGAGCUAGACCUCAUGGAUACUGCAGCUUUUUAAAACUUUUAAUAUCACUGUCUGCAGAUAUCACGCAAGAGGAAAUGCAGGAGAUUCGUUCAUCUUUCUUCAAGUUUGACGAGGAUAAGUCUCAGCGACUUGAAUACACGGAGUUCAAACGGUGCCUCAGAAUAUUAGGAUUCGACGUGGGACCUGAGGAGGGAGUGAAUGAUGUAAAGUUCCAAUCUAUCCUCGACAUUAUAGACCUUGACAGGUCAGGAUUCAUUUCGAUAGACGAGUAUGUUCAGUUCAUGGUGAUGUCAGCCAGAAAGAGUACAAUCGCUUCAAAAUCUGAACUAAUUAACUCGUUCAAGUUGAUGACGACGACAGGGGGCAGAGAUUACAUUCUCCCGAGAGAGCUCAGAGACCACCUUUCAGCUCAGGACGCCCAGUUCUGUAUAAAAAAGAUUCCACGUUACAGUGGUAAUAAAGCCCCAUAUGAAGCUCUUGAUUAUUUAGCUUUCUGUAGUGCUUUAUUUGAUAAAGGAGCAAUAUUUGAGGGUUAA